AUGAUAGCGGUGAGUGGCCUCGCACUUAGUACAUCCCUACCUCACAAUUCCCCCACUCAUGCAGAAGAGAUAGAAUCCCUGAAAGAUGCAGCGAGUACCGCAGCCCGCGGAAUGCUGAAAUACUAUCAUGGCAACGAACCCGGCCAAACCCCGGGAACACUGGAAGGAACGUGGUGGGAAGUGGGGGCUAUGUUUAUGACACUGGUGCAAUACUGGCGUGUUAGCGGUGAUUCUUCUCACAAUGAUCUUACAACACAAGGGCUUCAAUGGCAGGCUGGAGAUGACCAUGACUAUCUCCCUGCCAAUAGCUCUGCUUACCUGGGCAACGAUGACCAGAUGUUCUGGGGCCUCGCGGCCAUGACCUGUGCGGAGACGAAAUAUCCUGAUGUCUCUGAUGGACCAUCGUGGCUGUCCCUUGUGCAAGGUGUCUUCAACAACCAAAUCCCCCGCUGGGAGAUGCAGACCUGCCAUGGUGGUCUGCGAUGGCAAAUACAUUCAUGGCUGCCCGGGUAUGACCUCAAGAACACGAUUUCAAAUGGCGGAUUGUUCCAGAUAGCUGCCCGCUUGGCUCGGUACACAGGGGACCAGAAGUAUGCAGACUGGGCGACAAAGAUCUGGGACUGGAUGGCUAGUAGCCCACUGCUAGACACGAAGACGUGGAAUGUGGCCGAUACAACCUCUGUGACUAACGAUUGUAAGACCAAUGGCAACGAGCAGUGGACAUACAACUACGGGACGUUGCUUAGCGGGGCGGCGUACAUGUACAACCUGACAAAUGGAGACCCGAAAUGGCUCGACGCCGUCGAUGGACUACUCAACGCCUCCCUUCGAAUUUUCUUCCCCCCGAUGUAUAACAAUGGUACGGUCCUAUCCGAGGUGUCCUGCGAGACAAUCGAGACCUGUGACAGGAAUCAGAUGUGUUUCAAAGGGUUCCUGUCCAUCUGGAUGGCCUACACAGCCACCCUAGUUCCCUCCACUGCGGAGCGGAUUAUCCCCCGGCUACAAGGGUCAGCGGAAGCCGCAGCGAGGCAGUGUUCUGGAGGCCAGAGUGGGACCGAAUGUGGGGUCCGAUGGUACGAGGAUAAGUGGGAUGGGAAGAACGGUUUGGAGACUCAGAUGAGCUCCCUGAGCAUUUUUACGGCAAACCUUAUGCUUCAGUCGAAUGAGCAGCCUGUAACUUCGUCAACUGGAGGCGAGAGCAAGAGUGACCCAAAUGCAGGGACUGGAGGCAAGUCGAGGGAGCCUGAGUCACCACGCAAGAUUACAACCGGUGAUCGAGCGGGCGCUUGGAUUAUAACUUUAGUGGUGGGGAUUGCAUGUAUUGCUAUCAUAGUGUGGUUGGUUUGGGAGUAG